AUGGGCAUUCUCGAUAAAAUUGCUGAAGUCGAGCGUGAAAUUGCACGCACGCAAAAAAAUAAGGCUACAGAGUAUCACUUGGGUCUUCUAAAGGCAAAGUUGGCCAAAUACCGGGCCGAAUUGUUAAAACCUGUUGAUAAGUCGCAGAAGGGCGAGGGCUUCGACGUUCUCAAGUCCGGGGAUGCACGUGUUGUUCUAAUUGGCUUUCCAUCGGUGGGCAAAUCGACUCUGCUGAAUGCUUUGACUUCCGCAAAUAGCGAGUGUGCUGCCUAUGAGUUCACCACGCUCACUUGUGUUCCGGGUGUGAUUGAGUACGAAGGAGCUAAGAUUCAAUUGCUCGAUCUACCUGGUAUCGUGGAGGGAGCCGCUCAAGGUAAGGGUCGUGGUCGUCAGGUGAUUGCAGUUGCUAGAACUGCUGAUCUUGUGCUCAUGAUGAUUGAUGCCACCAAACCCCUCAUUCAACGGGAGCUUCUCGAGAAGGAGUUGGAGAGUGUAGGAAUUCGUCUAAACCAACGGAAACCUAACGUCUACUUCAAGGUACUUUCAAAAGAAGGCUGGAGGAAUGCAAAUCAACUCAAUGUGUUCACUUACACAUAUCAACGAGAAGAUGGUGCAGAUGAUUUUACACGAGUACAGUAUCCUUUUGACAUUCCAUAUGGUUACGCCUUGAUGCAGCACUACUCCUUAGCCUCGGUAGAAAUCUUCAACGCAGAUGUUGUCAUUCGUGAGGACAUCACUCAGGACCAGUUGAUUGAUGUUAUUGUAGGCAAUCGAGUGUAUCUAAAAUGCAUCUAUGUGUACAACAAAAUUGACCAAAUUUCCCUAGAGGAAGUUGACAAAUUAGCGCGUGAACCACACUCAGUAGUUAUCAGUUGCAACCUAAAUCUCAAUCUUGACUAUCUUCUCAAAGUGUUGUGGAAGUACCUGGAUCUUAUUCAAAUCUACACGAAGAAGCAAGGACAAAAGCCGGAUCUUGAUGAGGGUAUAAUUCUACGCAAUGGAGCGACUAUAGAGCAUGUUUGCCACUGCAUUCACAGGUCACUGGCAAGCAAUUUCAAGUAUGCUCUUGUCUGGGGAACAAGUGUGAAGUUUAGUCCACAACGCGUCGGUCUUUCACAUGUCGUCAAUCAUCACGACGUCAUUCAGAUUGUAAAGAAGUGA